AUGCACAAGAUAAUAUAUACCAGAGAGAAGCCCUAUGCCUGUAAUGAUUGUGGGAAAACCUUCAGUAUUCUUUCAUACCUUACAAGACAUAAGAGAAUCCACACUGGAGAGAAAUGUGUUGAGUAUAGCCACUGUGGAAAAGCACACCUGUGGAUACAUACAAAUACUAGGGAGAAACCUUACAAGUGUGAUCAGUGUUGGAGAACUUUUAGAAUGAACUGUAAUCUUAAUGUGCACAAGAAAAUGCAUGCUGGAGAGAAACCAUGUACAUGCAAUGAAUAUGGGAAAGCCUUCAGGGAUCACUCAUGCCUUAAAGAACAUGUGCGAAUUCACACUGGAGAGAAACCUUUUGCACCUAAUCAGUGUGGGAAAGCCUUCAGAGUGAAAUUUUUCCUCACUUUGUACAAGAAAAUUCACAUGAGAAUGAAACAAUAUGAAUGUAAGGAAUGUGGGAAAGCCUUUGGUGGUCUCUUACCUCAUAGGAGACAUAUGAAAAAGCACACCAGGGAAAAGAAACCCUUCAAGUAUAGUGAGCAUGAAAAAGUUUUUAGGAGGCAUAUAUCCCUUACAAUACACAUAAGAACUCACACUGGAGAGAAACCCUAUGAGUGUGAUCAAUGUGGGAAAACCUUCAGUGUAAGGUGUAAUCUUACUGUGCAAAAAGAGUCCAUAUUGGCGAAUAACCUUAACAAUGCAAUGUCUGUGAACAUGCUUUCAGUAAGCUCUCAUCCCUUCAGCGGCAUCAUGAGAGCACUCAUGCUGGGUAAAACUCCUAGUAAUGUCCAUAUGCAAUAA